AUGGCCUCCGCACCUCCAUCCCCUACCCUUGUCGGCCGUUCUCGUGCCACUCCCAUCAAGUCGACUUCGCCAUUCCAUCGAAUCCCUCUAGUACAGGAUUUCAUUUCUUCGUCAUACCCGGCUACCCGCUCGGUAGCAAACUACGGCACCCAAUCCACCGACAUGUCAAGCUUAACGUUAGUUCAUCGAAGUCAUCUAUCAAACUCCUCAAGCCCAGUAACGGGCCCCAUUCAAACUUCAGACCUCAAUAUCUCCGGACUCCCCAUCAUGGCCUCUCCUUUAACUAGCUCGCUCGAGAACCCCGUUCCUCUUGAACUUCCAGAAGGAAUUCUAUCCGUCCCUUCACAGCAAAGCACUCCCUCUGAAUCAUCUCUCAUGAAUGCUUCCAAUAACAACAACAGCAACAACACUUCCAAUAACAACUCCAAUAACAGCAAGGGUCCAGGCCUGAUGAGGAGACUAUCAAGAGGCGCCGCCAACAAGCUCACCCGACGACGGCGGUCGAACUCGCAGGAUAGACGUGAUAACAACUCUGGCCCCGUUACGAUGCUCAGAAGGAGCAACAGCAAGAAAUCCGGCACUACGGCAUCCUGGGAUAGUGCUCUGGAUUCAAGCUACGAGGAGGACGAAUCAUGUGAUACCCUAGGUACAUGGUGCGGCCCCGAUAGCAGCCAGGUCAAGGGUGACUAUCAGAGGUCCAUCACCAGCACCGCCAGUGGAAUUGCUCCAAAGAUUGAUCCAAUCCUCCAACGCGGCUGCACAUUGAUAAAGGUAAACAAGCUGAAAAAGAAACCAAUGACCUUCUACCUCGACUUUGACUCGGGAAAGAUGUUCUGGAACCUAUCAAACCCCUCCAAGAGGGUAUAUAUCGACGAUAUCAAAGAAAUUCGACUUCGCCAAGACGCUCGCAUGUACAGAGAAGAACAUCGGAUACCAGAGGAGUUCGAGAAUCGGUGGUUCACUAUCAUCUACAAUAACUCCGAAGGGUCGAAAAACCGCGCGGUAAAGACCGUUCAUCUGAUUGCACCUAACGAAUCCAUGUUUGAGCUGUGGACCACAACUCUUGAGAAUGUCGCCAGAUAUAGAAUCGGUCUCAUGGUCGGCUUGGCCGGAUCGGUGGAAAGUGAGUCCAUCUUAAACGCCCACUGGCAACGAGAGAUGUCCAGACGUGGUGGUGCUCAGGACGUCAAGUCGGGCGAAGGAGAGAGCCUGGACUCGGAAGGGAUCGGUAACCUGUGCCACAGUCUUCACAUCAACUGCUCCAAGGAGAUGCUUCGCGUCCUCUUCGCUCGCGCCGACACCUCAGGUACAGGCAGAGUCAACUUUGCACAGUUCAAAGAAUUCAUCAACCGCCUCAAAUACCGCAAGGAUCUCAAAGAUCUCUACGAUCGUCUUGUCAUCGACGACGUGCAUGGUAUGACUCUAGAUAACUUUCUAGAUUUCAUCCACUACACUCAGCGCGAAGACGUCGAAAAUAAUAGGGAUUACUGGGUCUCCGUAUUCGAGAAGUUCGUUCGCAAGGCUAAGCUUCGGUCACAAAGCCAGCCAGACGCCACGUCACCUGACGACGCGCCUCUUCGGAUGAGCCUCGAUGCCUUUUCUAAUUUCAUGAUAUCGACUUCAAACGGUAUCUAUCCUUCGCAUGUCCCUGCGCCUAAAUUCGACCACCCUCUAAACGACUACUUCAUUUCAAGUUCACAUAACACUUACCUCCUAGGCAGACAGGUUGCUGGCUUUUCCAGCACCGAAGCAUACGUUACGGCACUUCAAAAGGGCUGUCGAUGCGUCGAAGUUGACUGCUGGGAUGGCGCUGAUGGCCGUCCUAUCGUCUCCCACGGGAGAACGAUGACCACGAGCGUCCUGUUCGCGGACUGCAUCUCAGUUAUCAACCACUACGCCUUCCUUUCAUCCGACUAUCCACUUAUCAUCUCUCUUGAGGUUCACUGCAACCCUGAACAACAGAUUGCAAUGACCAACAUCAUCAAAAACACCUUCAAGGAGAGGCUGGUUCUUGAAUCGUUGAGGGAAGAGUGGCCUAUCCUGCCCACCCCGGAGGCGUUGAAGCAUAGGGUUCUCAUCAAAGUCAAGACUUCCGACGAAGUAAUCGAUACCGGGCCCGCUUCCGCACCUAUCGGCCUCGUCAGCGUCAACGUCGGUCGCAAACGCAGCUCUAGCUCUCCAUUCAUGCCUCCCACUGUCAUGGAAGAUCCGCUCCAUAACUUCCCACCGCUCUCAUCUCCCCCAACAAUCGGGUCAGGAGCAGAUGCCGCGCCCCCUACUCUCAACAGACGUGCAUUCACAGCAACCAGCGUCUGCAGCACUUCGGAAGAGAGUGACAUCGGCCAGGGCUCAGCCGCCAUACAGAAGGAGAAGAAACGAUCGCAAAAGAGCAGGAUUGUUAAGGACCUAGCGGAUCUCGGUGUCUACACGCGAGGAUACAAGUUCCAUAACUUCCACUCACCCGAAAGCAAACGGUUUAACCACGUUUAUUCAUUUGCCGAACGGGCGUUUGAAGGCAUAUGUCGGGAUCCUGAAAGUAAAGCUCUUCUCGAAUCGCAUAAUCGACGCUAUCUGACAAGAGUAUACCCUUCCGGGUUCCGUGUUCGAUCCUCAAACUUCGACCCGAACAUCUUCUGGCGUCGUAGCGUGCAGAUGGUUGCUCUCAACUGGCAGACAUACGAUGUGGGGAUGCAGAUGAAUCAAGCCAUGUUUGCUUCAGGGACAGAUCGAACUGGAUACGUUCUAAAGCCAGAAAGCCUGAGGUUGCCGCCAACCUGGAAAGGUCCAGGCCUGAAGCCAAAAGUUGACAGAAAGCUUGUUCGGUUCUCCAUCGACGUUAUCUCGGCCCAGCAGCUACCUAGACCUAAACACAUUGGGCUCGAUGAUAAUAUCAACCCCUACAUCGAGAUUGAAGUGUUUAGCGCCGAUGACAAGACGAAAGGUCUCGCGUUCGGAGAAGGCGGAAUGGAUACAUCUGACCGCAAUGGGCUUUCUGGCAUCGGUCACCCUCACCGCCGUCGAACAGGUAUCGAGCAAGGAAACGGCUACAAUCCCAUAUUCAACGACCAAUUCAAAUUCUCCCUGGAAACAAAAUACCCUGACCUCGUCUUCGUGCGCUGGGUCGUCUGGAACUCCAUCGACGGCAAAAACGUCGGCAAUAACAGCAGUUCGCAGCUAGCCACCUUCACAGCCAAACUUAGCAGUCUCGCCCAGGGUUUCCGCUACCUACCUCUCUACGACGGUAACGGAGACCAGUACCUCUUCUCCACACUCUUCUGCAGAAUCACCAAGAGCGAGCUUGCACCGGUCGUGCCUCCUUUUGACUCCGAUGAGAUAAAGAAUGAACGCCGAGGUAUAUUCAAGCAGAUCGGCCAAUCCGUGCUCAAGCGAGCGAUAUCUACUGAACGCGAUUCCUCCAAGUCUAACACCAGCUCAAGUGACCAGUCUAGGAAAUCAGACAACAAACUCCCUUCCUCUCCCGCAUUGAACCCGAGUGUAACCACUUCUCCCUAA